AUGCAGGACGUUGAUGUCGACCGGCUGUUCCAGUUCAAGGACUGCCCACGGCUGCCCCAGGGCAUGGAGGAGCCGGCCAAGCGGGACGAGUUCUACAGGGGCUACCGGGAACGCUGCGGCCGCAGGCGCAACCCACAGAUGUUCGCGGUGGCCAACAGGGCCACGCGCGUGUGUUUUGACAGCUGUGGGGACGUGCAGUCAAAGGAGGGGUUUGACUCGUUCGAGGAUUUGCGGACUUGGGUCAAGUGGCUCUGUUUCCUCGGAGUCUCCGCCAAGACGCUGGAUCCUCCUGUGACGGUCACGCGGGGCCUGUGCGGUUUGCCCGACACGAUUGUGGACAAGCACAAGAGCAGAAUGGUGGGGGACAUCUUGUUCUGGGCGGCCCCAUCCAGCACGACCGACGACGCCUCGAUCUCGGAGGCGUACUGCAACCAGCAUGCGCCGAGGAAGAACAACGUGCUCGUUACCAUCUCCGGCGUCAGCCAGGCGUUCCCAAUGUUCCACUUGAGCUCUUACCCGAAGGAGCGGGAGUGGUUGCUGCCGCCGUUCUGCAAGCUGCAGGUGGAGCGCGUAUUCGGCGCUGAGCCGUUGCAGGUUCACUGCAGGUUUGUGGGCUGCGUACUCGGGGGCGACCUGCGCGAGAAGAUCCUGCGUGACUUCCAGGAGAGCUCCGACAUCCUGAGCAGCGUGUUGGAAAAGGAACUGAGGACUCACAGCGAAGUCGUCGGGAUGCAGGAGAAGCUGGCCGAGGCGGAGAACGUCGCGCAGGGGGAGCUGGCGGCGGCUCGGCGGAAGCCCGCCACCGUGCACGAGGCGCAGGAGGUGCGGGAAGGGCUGCAGGUCAAGAUCGAUACCAUCAUGGAGCUGCAGGCCAGCAUCCUGCGCGGCUUCAGAGAGGGCACCGACGUCCGGAGCCGCGUGCAGGAGGAGAUGCGCAGCGCGCUCGCCGCGACGCAGCAGAGGCUGACCGAAGAUGCAGAGAAGCAUGCGCUCGUCGUGAUGCGGCAGCUGCAGCAGGAGCUGGCAGUCGCUCCCGCCUGGUCGCGCGGGGGCGGGGCGCGCGGGCCGACCUCGCGGGGCGCCCCCUGGAUGACCGCGCGCGCGGUGGCGUCCGUCACGCGCGCCGCCGUGUCGGCAUGGAAGGCGGCGGUCACCAUCGGGCGGCUCGGCCGGGCCGUGGAGCGCCUGGGCCGGGCGCGCGGGCGGUGGGCGGCCCGCGCCGACCGCCAUCUGCUCGGCUUGGCCCAGGGCUCGACCACGCGAGCAGCAUGGUCGGCAUGGAGAAUGUCCACCGUCGAGGCGCGUCAUCGGUAUUGCGUCAGUAGCCGCCUCAGACGUCUCGGAGACCUCACCGUGACGGCCGACAGCAUGGACGCAGUUUGGUGUCGCAUUGCGUUCCAGGUCUGGAAGGCGUUCCUUGCAGCCUUGCGGUCAAGGCACCGCUCGGUCGGUUUCUUCUCCGGCAUGGCGGACGCGCGCUUGCUGCAGGCAGACGCCGCGCUGCUUGUGGCCCACCGCGACUCGCUGCGCUUCGCUGCGUUGGCGGCUUGGCGCCAUGCGGCGGCGGAGUGGCGCCGCCGGCGGUCCGCGCUCCUCGCGGACGCGCGGCUGCGGCAGGCGGACGCUGCGCUGCGGGCGGCCCACCGCGACUCGCUCCGCCUCGCCGCGCUGGCGGCCUGGCGCCGCGGGGCGUUGCAGAGGAGGCACGCCGAGGAGGUCGGGCAUUGGCUGAGCCGCGCCCAGGCGCGGCUGGAGUCUGCCGGCCGGGCCCUGGCGCUCUCCGCGCCGCGCCCCGGGGCCGGCGGCCCGGGGCCGCCGGGCGCCCGCGGCCUGCACGCGGAAUUUGUGAAUGCAGCCGAACUCCAGGGCGAGACACUGUGGGGUCGGGCGGCGAAGGCCUGCACCGGCGCCCCACAUCAACCACAGUGUGAUGCGCUGGAGUUCUCCUACGGCCUCCCCUUGUCGACGCUCGACCAGUACCACCGCGAGAUCAGGAGUUUGAGUGGAGAGCAGCGCGGGUUCCUUGGCGGGGUCAUGCAGUGCACUGGGGCUGCAGCCAUAAUCUCGGACUCCGGCAUCCCCGUCAACGCCAAGUUCGUUGCGUCGUCAGGCGUCCACCAGACUGUAGCCCAUGCUGAGCGCUACGUUGGCCUGGUGGCCCUUUCGGCUUGCUAUAGAGUGGGCCAAGCCAUCUCGGACCACUUCAGCUUCGCCGAGGAGGGCAAGAGGUGGAGCCCGCGCGAGGACGCUACUGUUCUGAGCUUCGCCGGGGUGCCCUCGCACCUGGGGCUUGACGCCGCUCUUGAACAGGCGCGGCCAGGGCCGCCGGCGGGCGGCCGGGCGGCGCCAGCGGCGGAUCGGGCGGCGCGCGAGGCGCCACCGGCGCCCGUGGCGCGCGAGGCGCCACCGGCGUCCGUGGCGCGCACAGCGCCGACAAAAAGUCUGGCGCCGGCGGCGGCAGUGGCGCCCGCGGCGCCAGGCGCGGCGGCCCCGGCGCCGGCUCCAGCGCCGCCCGCGCAGCGCGAAGCGCUGGCGGCGGCAGCGGCGCCCGCGGCACCGGCGGCGCGCGCGGCGAUCCCGGCGCCAGCGGCUCGGGCAGCGCCCGCGCAGCGCGAGGCGCCGGCGGGCCUACGGGCGGCGGAGGAAGAGGUGCCCAACGCGAUGGUGGAAAAGGCACUCGAAGACGAGCGGGCCGACUCGGCCCCCGUCCUUGCGGCGGCGCAGGCCGCGCGCGCGGGUUUCCGGGUUUGCCCCGAGACUGGACCCGCGCUGGCGGCUGCAGCGGUGCUUGCGGUGCCAUGCGUCGCGGCAUCGGAUCUCGGUUCCGACCUGGACGACGAGUGGGCGGACGGCCUCGCCUCCCGCCGGCGGUUGGCGGCGACGCUCGACGACGCCCAGGCGCUCGCGGUGAGCUCGGCCGAGCGGUUGGUCGGGGAGCUGGCGGCGCGGCGCCGCGGGGAGCCGCGCCCGUUCGCCGCCUUCGCCGUCGCCGCCUUCGCCUGCGACAUCCUCGUGGUGCUGGAGGGCGGCCCAUCGGGCACGGGACUCGGUGGCGCGGUGGCCUCGGAGUUGCUGCGCGCACAGCUUGGUUGCGCACGCCCGUUCUUCGAUGUUCACUCCCUGCACUAUAAGACGAAGGAUUUCCCGGGCUCUGGAAGGAGGUAUGGGAAGAGUAUGCUGAAGAGUAUCGUCUAUCGGGAGAUGAAGCAUAAGCCUGAACAAGUACGGGAGAGGAGCCCUCGGAUUGCGUUCUGCAGCACGUACGUGGAUUAUGCCACGAUCUCCAAAGGUGUUCGUGGACUUAGCUCCGCCACGGCCGCGGGCAAGAAGAUGUACGACGCGAGGCAGAUCCACGAGAUGGACGAGAAGUUUGACGCCCAUGUUGCCGAGCUGCGUCUGGAACAGCUGAAGAUGGAGGUAUCGGUGGAGAAGGCGCGCCUGUUGUGCUGGAGCUCCGUCAAUGCGAAACCGCUCGAUGAGGACAACAUGUCGCAAGAGCUGCCUCCCAUUCCGUCUCCGCUGGUCACCGCCGCCCAGCUGGACGCCAAGCUGAUCACCAUGGAGUGCACGCUCAAGAAGGCGAUCGCCUCCGCUGCAGGGUCUGCCUCCUCCGCUGUCAGCGCAGAUUGUGCGGAGAUUUGGAUUCGGGGAUUGACCAGGAAGCUGCUGGACCGUGAUUUCGUGAACAACUGCGAGCUUCUCAAGGCGGGUGCAGGCAAGUGCUGGGAGAUGACGCGUGCCAUCUUCGACGAGCAUGGCAAGUGGAAGGAGUCCAUUCGGCUUGGCUCCUACCCACACACUGGCACGCUCCACCUGACCAGUUCUGAUGAUGAGGAGAUCUUCGAUUUGGUCAAGCUGCCCUUUGGGUCAAGCACUGGAGGUGGCCAUUGCGCCAUUACAUUCAUUGUGAUGCCAGACGCCAAGAUGUUCGAGAUCCCCGAGGCCUUGCUGAACGCGUUCCCUGUGCUUGUCCAGAGCAAGUUCGACAAAGCACCUGCCUGA